AUGUGGCUGGUGGCGGAUCAUCCUUUCCCCACCGCCGGGAAUGAGGGUCUCUCCUGUCCGUUGGCUCUCAGCCUUGCUUACCACAGGCGGCUCCUGCACAAACCCAAGCCCGGCUCGGUGGAGAGCAGCCUCAACGCUGGCUGCUCUGCUUCAUCCUCCCCUUCUUCCUCCUCAUCCUCUGCUGAGAGUUCUACCUCCUCUCCUGGCAUGAGCCUGGCCAGGUCUGUCCGCCCGUCACCCGUGUCGGUGUCAGACAUCAACGCCUCGGGCAGCGCCCGGUGGGCCAAGAGCUACGAUGUCUGCAUCUGCCACAGCGAGGUGGACCUGGAACUGGUGGAGGAGCUGGUGUCCUACUUGGAGGGUCAACCUGAAAGCUUCCGUUGCUUCCUGCAGCUACGGGAUGCGGUGGCGGGAAGGGCAGUGGUGACAGAACUGUGUGAUGCCGUGCAAAACAGUCACUGCUGGGUCAUGCUCAUCACCCCCGACUUCCUCCAGGAUCCUUGGUGCAAGUACCAGAUGCACCAGGCACUGGCCGAAGCUCCGAUGGCCAACGGGCGCACCAUUCCGGUGCUGAAGGAUGUGGAUCGGAAGGAUUAUCCCAAGGAGCUGCGAAACCUCUACUACAUCUACAUGGCACUGAAGGAGAACAGUUUCCGGCAGAUCCGAGACACCGUCAUGCGCUACCUCCAGGAACUGUGUAGGAGCUCCACAAGCAGGACGGAGUAG